UUGACAACAGUGCUAAACUGGGACAGAAAAUAUAAACAAACCCGAUCCAGAUAUAAAAAUGUCGUAUUUACUUACGGAAAUUGCGCUUGAAAUGCUGGGCUAUAAGUUUUACGAUACGAAUGGCGUUUUUCAUUUAACAAACUUUCAACAAUCGAUGGCAGCUGUGCAAAACGAUGUGCACCCGGAUGAGCCCUCAUUAACGGAGUUUAUUGAUCAGCCAUCGAAUUCUGUAACUACAAAAAAUGGGCAUACCACGAAUAUUGCAACACCUUCGGCUGGCCCCUCAUCAUCUAUGGUUCCUUCCACUACGUCGGCGAUCUCAGUUGACAUGCGACGGACGCCUAUACGAGCGUUAGCCAAGAUGAUGGCGAACGAAGGCGACAAAACACUUAAUGGACACGAGCAACAGCAUCCAAAACAAUUAUAUAGUUCUGUCCCACUCACUGUGCUCCCAAAAAUGUCUACAAAGCCCCGUCGUCCUCCAACCAAGGCACUAACAAGGAUUCUGCAAUACGAAAGCGUCACAGUUCGCUGUCAAAUCUCGCAACGUCUGGAAGCAUCUUUAAGGCAAAGUGUAACAACUAACAAGGAGACGCAACAGAAGGAAUGCCUUAUUCUAGAGAAAAAGAAAAUUCUGGAGGACGCUGACGAAGUGCAUAAGUUUCGACUGUUUCUGGAGGAACGUUUGCGCCACAUUGACCCUCGUCCAUAUGCAACAUAUCAAAGAACAUUUACGAGUGAAUAGUCAAACAUAAAAUAUGAUUAGUUUAGUUUAUUAUUUAAGAUUAAGUAUAUAUUGUAAAUUGGAACAAUAUACAAAAAUUAAUAAU